GAAACACAAUUUCCAAAUCCUGUGCCUGAACUUUUUUUAUUUUUACUCGGGAAAAAGCCUCCUUGUGUUCUCGCCGGACCACCCGCUAUCCGCCGCUAUGGCCGGAUUUGGCCGCUCCAUGACUUCCAUCUCCGCUGGAGCGGCAGGGCCGCCUUCGUUGCGGCUCCUGCACUCGGUUUUCAGGCGAUUCUUUGGAACCGCCGCAGCUCAGCCCCUGCGUGACCACGACCACUACUGUUAUCGAAACGAGGGCGAGCCCCGCCAGUACGAGCUGGUUUCGCCGGCGAUGGCCGACCCCGAAGGGUCGGUCCCACUGAGAGGAGUACAGUGGGUGUUCAUUGGCGCAAAGAAGCACGUUUAUGCGGAGAGGCUCUCGAAGCUUCUAGAAGUUCCCCACAUUUCCAUGCGCAGCCUCGUCCACCAAGACCUCUGCCCGAGGUCUGCUCUCUACAAGCAGAUUGCAAAUGCAGUGAACCAGGGAAAGAUUGUUUCAGAAGAUAUAAUAUUUGGGCUUUUGUCAAAGAGGUUGGAAGAUGGGUAUUACAGAGGUGAAAGUGGGUUUAUUCUGGAUGGGAUUCCUCGAACACAGGUCCAAGCUGAGAUCCUUGACCAACUUGCUGAAAUUGAUCUGGUUGUUAAUUUCAAAUGCAUGGAGGAUUGCUCAGCAAAACACCAAGGAAGUAGUAUCUUUUCACAUUGUCGUGAUUCUCAUGGCAUAAGUAACCCUGCUUCUACUAGUUUUGAUAUGCUUUCACAGUGCACUCAAUUGAACUGUUCUGUGGCUAAUACAGAAAUUAGUUUGAAAGGAAAACCUCAGGCCUAUGCAAAGCAGAGAAAGCCUGUAGAAGACUACUACCGGAAACAGAAGAAGCUUCUUGACUUUCAAGUAGGCAGCGCACCUGGAGAAACCUGGGAAGGGCUUUUGGCUGCAUUACACCUCCAGCAUAUUAGUCCCCCACAUUCUUCAAAAAAAUUAACCACAGGAUCCAGUUGGCUCAUCUCUAACAUUGCCAACAAGGUUUCAUGAACUUGAGUAUAUGCUCCAAAAGGUUUUGGAGAUCACACAGUGGAAGAAGGAAGCUCCCAUAGCAAUUGUCCUCUUUAAGAAUUUAAAGAUUUUCAGGAUGAAACUGUAUCUUUUCUAGAGCAGCUCCAGACAACCUCCCCAUGACUCAUGAAUGUAAUGCACUGUCAAAACUUUAAUCGCCAUCUGUUGCUGCUUGGGCUUGAGCUGCAUAUUGCAAAUUCCAAAGGACAUCCUCAAAAGAUGGGCGAGUUGUUGACUCGGGAGAGAUGCAUUUGUUUGUUAUGGAGAUCAUGAUUGAUAAAGAUUCUUGGGUGCAAGUGUUGAGAACAAUUGGGUCGACUAUUCGUCUCCGGCCGUCUUGGCUGUUCAAAGAUUCCUGUAAAAUGCAGAACUCAGUUUCAGGAUUUAACCUUGCCAAUCUGCAAGACACUUGACUAAAAGAUUAUUAGUUCAGGAAGAAUGAAAUUUUCACUAGAAUGACUAAUCCUUCCUAUGUGAUAGAAGAAGUUUCAAAUAAGCUGACUGUUGGCAACC